AGUGAUAAUACUUUCAGGGCAAGCGCAUUGUAAAUGGGAAGCGGACACGUGAACAGAAGAAGCACCAUCAACCGCCAUAACCGUUAAAUUUCGCGGGUCAGAUCUGUCACAAAAAUUCCCUAGCCAUCAAAGAUUCCCCUCCACGUUGUUUGUACGCGACUCAGGUCUCUCUCUCUCUCUCGCUACACAGCACUGGAACGCCUUUCACAUUGAAGUCAGAGAGACUCUCCAUUUUGCAAUGGAGUCUCACAAUCUGGUCAAUGGCGUCGCUACCAAUGCACCAUCUGCUACUAAUCAUGAUGGCAAUAUUAGAUCGGCUCUCAUAUUUCUCGGUACUGGUUGCUCCAGCGCUGUCCCCAACGCAAUGUGCCUUAUACAGCCCUCUGAUCCUCCUUGCCAUGUUUGUUCUCAGGCGCUCUCGGUUCCACCGGAGCAAAACCCUAAUUACAGGUGUAAUACAUCUCUGCUUAUAGAUUAUUGCCAGAGUGAUGAGAGACAUAGCUAUAUAUUGAUUGAUGUUGGGAAGACGUUCAGGGAGCAAGUACUUAGGUGGUUUACUUUCCACAAGAUCCCUCGUGUGGAUUCUAUUAUUUUGACUCAUGAACAUGCUGAUGCAGUUCUUGGUCUUGAUGAUAUACGUGCUGUGCAACCGUUUAGUCCUACAAAUGACAUUGAUCCAACUGCCAUUCACCUAAGUCAAUCUGCCAUGGAUAGCAUUGCAGUGAAAUUUCCUUACCUGAUAAAGAAAAAAUUAAGGGAAGGUCAAGAAAUAAGACGGGUAGCACAGUUGGAUUGGCAGAUAAUUGAGGAAGACUGUCAGAGACCAUUUGUUGCAUCAAGCCUGCAAUUUGUUGCUUUGCCAGUGAUGCAUGGAGAAGAUUAUGUUUCUUUGGGUUUUCUCUUUGGUGAAAAAAGUAGAGUAGCUUAUAUAUCUGAUGUUUCACGUUUCCCUGCAAGUACAGAGUACGUGAUUUCAAAAGCUGGGGCUGGGCAGUUGGAUCUUCUUAUCUUAGACACAUUGUACAAGCGUGGCUCCCAUAAUACCCACUUCUGCUUUCCUCAGACCCUUGAAGCUGUGAAGAGAUUAUGUCCCAAGCGAGCUCUUUUAAUUGGAAUGACUCAUGAGUUUGAUCAUCACGAGGACAAUGAUUUCCUAAUGGAAUGGUCUAAAAGGGAAGGAAUACCGGUGCAGCUUGCACAUGAUGGUAUGAGAGUUCCUAUAGACUUAUAGUAAGGUUGCGGUAUUAUUCUUCACACUAAUCAUAAGGUGUGUUCCAUAAUUUCCAUCAAGGUGAAAUUAUUUAUAUAGCUUGAGCAGAGAUCAGUUGAAUAGUUAAAACAUUUUAUUUUUGUUGUUUUUUCAAUUAGACCCUUAGUUUAUAUGGAUUAGCAAAAUUCUGUAGAAACAUUAACCUUUUUUUACUGCGUAUUUUAUUGGGUAUUGGUGCCCUUUAUAUGGACAUAUGGUCGUGCUGUUAUUAAAAUUAGCCAAAUUUAUGAAUUUAUUCCGAACAUUACAA